AGUCCCGCCCUAAAGCGGCUUCAGUCCACUUUGCAGCUAGAAGGAUGUGCGCCUGCGCACUAAAAAUCGCUGUCCACUCUUCCUAUUGGCUCAUGUCUGGGGCUGAGGAAUACGAAAUCUCCAGCCAAUAGGAACGGAGGUGUCGGAGCCGCAGGUUGGUGUCCCCAGCUGGGGUGAUCUGGCGCAGAGUGGAGGAGGCGCUUGGGGCUCGCUCCUGCUCCUCCCCUCUCCUUGCGGCCUCCCGGAGGUCGGCCCAGCUCCUGUGGCAUCCCGUGAAAUGUGGAUGACGCCCAAGAGGAGCAAAAUGGAAAUCGACGAGUCUCGGGGGUUCCGGGCCGAGUGGACCCAGCGGUACCUAGUGGUGGAGCCUCCGGAGGGCGAGGGCGCCCUGUGCCUGGUGUGUCGCCGCCUGGUCGUAGCCACCGGCGAACCCGACGUCAGGCACCACUACGAGGCCGAGCACGACUAUUACGAGCGGUAUGUGGCGGAGGGCGAGCGCGCGGCCCUGGUGGAGCGUCUGCGUCAGGGCGACUUGCCCGAGGCCGCCCCGCUCACUCCGGAGGAGAGAGCUGCUCGUGCAGGUCUCGGGCUCGCCCGCCUCUUGGCCUUGAAGGGUUGCGGCUGGGGCGAGGGGGACUUUGUACACCGGUGCAUGGAGGUGAUGCUGAGAGAUGUGCUGCCCGAUCACGUAAGCGUUCUGAAUGGCAUUGAUUUAUCUCCGGAGAUCACGCGGCAGAGGGUCCUGGACAUUAACCAAAAUCUACGCAGUCAGCUUUUUAACCGAGCCAAGGACUUUAAAGCCUAUUCCCUUGCCUUGGACGACCAGGCUUUUGUGGCCUAUGAGAACUACCUCCUGGUCUUUGUCCGCGGCGUAGGCCACGAUUUGGAGGUGCAAGAAGAGCUUCUGACCAUAAUCAACCUGACUCAUCACUUCAGUGUUGGUGCCCUCAUGGCGGCAAUCCUUGAGGCCCUGCAGACGGCAGGGCUUAGCCUGCAGCGGAUGGUUGGACUGACCACGACCCACACUCUGAGGAUGAUUGGUGAGAACUCAGGACUGGUGUCAUACAUGAGAGAAAAGGCUGUAAGCCCCAACUGUUGGAAUGUGAUCCAUUAUUCAGGAUUUCUUCACUUGGAACUGUUGAGCUCCUACGAUGUAGAUGUUAAUCAAAUCGUAAAUGCCAUAUCUGAAUGGAUAGUUUUGAUUAAGACCAGAGGCGUUAGGCGGCCGGAAUUUCAGGCUUUACUAACUGAAUCUGAAUCAGAGCACGGUGAAAGGGUUAAUGGACGCUGUCUGAACAAUUGGCUUAGAAAAGGAAAGACUUUAAAACUAAUAUUUUCCUUAAGAAAAGAGAUAAAAACAUUCUUGGUUUCGAUAGGGGCAACAACGGUCCAUUUCACAGACAAGGAAUGGCUUUGUGACUUUGGCUUCUUGGUGGAUAUUAUGGACCACCUUCGAGAACUCAGCGAACUAUUGAGAGUGAGUAAAGUCUUUGCUGCUGCUGCCUUUGACCAUAUUUGUGCCUUUGAAGUGAAGCUGAAUUUACUUCAGAGACAUAUCGAGGAAAAAAAUCUAACACACUUUGCCACCUUGAGCCAAGUUGUUGAUGAGCUUAAAGGGCAUCUUCAAGAAGACGAAAAAAUACUCGAUCCUGAUAGGUAUCGAGUGGUGAUCUGUCGCCUACAAAAAGAGUUUGAGAGACAUUUCAAGGACCUCAAGUUCAUUAAAAAGGACUUAGAGCUUUUUGCAAAUCCAUUUAGCUUUAAACCUGAAUAUGCACCUAUUUCAGUAAGGGUGGAGCUAACAAAACUUCAGGCAAAUACUAACCUUUGGAACGAAUACAGAAGCAAAGACUUAGGGCACUUCUAUGCUGGAUUGUCUGCUGAAUCUUACCCGAUUAUCAAAGGGGUUGCCUGUAAGGUGGCAUCCUUGUUUGAUAGUAGCAAAAUCUGUGAAAAGGCUUUUUCAUAUUUGACUCGAAACCAACACACUUUGAGCCAGCCAUUGACAGACGAACACCUCCAUGCCCUGUUUCGGAUUGCCACCACUGAAAUAGAGCCGCUUUGGGAUGAUCUUGUGAGAGGAAGAAAUGAAUCAAAUCCAUAAACUUUUGUAGUACAACAUUGAAACACUCAGCAAGAAUCCAAUUCUAAAAGCAAACAUCUGUUUGAUUUUCAAGUUUACUAAUUUGGAUUGUGGGAAAGCACCACAUUAUUCAUCCAAAUUAAUCACAAUUCAAAUUCUUCAGACAUAUUUUUUUUUCCAUCUCAAGAGGCAGCAUGGGACUGAAACAUGCAGACCUUUUUUUAAAACUUAAUUUGAUGGCAAAGUCAUUAUCUUUUGCUUUUAUGAUAUAACUGUUUUUAAAGACAUUUAGUACUAAUAAUGUGAGUUGAAUUAGAAGUCUGUUUUUAAGAUGUUUCGAAGAAACUUUAGCUCUUAUUUUAACAAAGUGUUAAAAUUCUGAUGCAUAUAGUUGGAAAUUAUCAACUGCCUAAAUAUAUGUUUGAGCCAGUUUGCAGAAACUCACAUAGCAAGUGCAGAAUUUUCUGAAAAGGAGGAACGUACAUACAGUGGAGGUAUUUUGUCGAACUAUCAGAAUGUUUGAGACUAUUUUUUUUAGACAUAUUUCUGAGUCAAAGUAAAUAUUGACAUAUUUCCUCCUUCUCACCUCCCUCCCACCCGCCCUAGCGAUAAUGAUAUUACUAAUACAGAAAAUAAGCACGUAAAAUUUUAGUCAGAGGAGCAAGAAUUUUUUUUAAAUUGCUAGUUUAGGAGGCUUCCUGCAGUCUGGAGAUCAAACUAACCAAUUUUUGGAGGUUUCCCCUGAAUUUUUCACAAUUGGGUGCUGUUUUAUGAGCUUGCCUACUAAAGGACUACGAUAAUUUCUGGCUCUUCUGGGAUUUUAAAGUAAGUAAAUUUAACAAAAUGUUAGAAGAAUGACUCAGUCAGCCCUUCUGGUCACUAGAUAUUCAGUUCACUUGCUUUCCUACCUGCAGAAUGUCCUCAUCACCUCCCCAAGGAAGGUAACCCGAAAGUGACAUCUGGUCAAUGUGUACUUCUUAGAUUUGCUAUGUUUCUUUGCUUUCUUGUUCACAUGCCUCUCUGAACUUACUUUCUGGGUAACUUGGGCUUUCAGGCUUUGUGGGAGAGCCAUACCCUUAGUCUCUUUUUCCCUGAGCCAUUUUUUUCCAGUUUAAGGGAUUAACCAGUGUUACACUCUUCGUUGGACUUUUAAUCUGAGGCCCAUUAAUUAAUUCAGAGGUUUUAACAGUAGGUGUGAUAGUCAUCCAGUGAUUUGAUCCUUGCUGCAAAAGUGGGUUUUAGUCAACCUUUGGCGUAUAGGAUUUCUCGCUUUUAUCUCUUUGUAAUUGAGAAGUAGCCUCUUCCUACCCAGUAAGUACUUGAGUUUGUGAACUCUCUUUAUUCCCUUGCUUUUUUGCUUGCAAACUGAUGAAUUCUUUUCUGAGUUCAUCUCUUUCCUGUCUAUUUUGUCAAAUGGGGCCAACAGCAACCAUAACAUAUUUUGUUUUCUUGUCUUUUUUUUUUUUUCUUGAGUAAAGGAUAGAUUCUCUGCCUUCCAGAUUCUCUCGGGACAGUUUCAUCACUCCAUUAACAUGCAUCGCCCCUGCAUAAGUUAUUUCUUCCAUCUUCCACUAGCAAUUCCUGAACGCCUGCCAACUAAGCCAAUGUUCAGUACGCUAGGUUUUUCGAAAACAGAACCAGUUUCUGUAUCAGAAUGGGCUAGGUUGCUGUGCGGUAACAACCCCAAAAUCCCAGCUUUUCUCUUGUAGCUUGGCUAGGGGCUUUGCUCUAAGUCAGGGAUUGAAGAACUAUGGCCAUGGGCAAAAUCUGUCCUGCUGCCUGUUUCUGUAAAUAAAGUUUUAUUGGAAACUACCCUUACCCGUUUGUUUAUGUAUCGUCUGGCUGCUUUUGCUCUACAGUGUCAGAGUCGCGUAGUUGUGGAAGAAAGUGUCUGGCCCACAAAGUCUAAAAUAUUUACUGUGUGACCCUGUACAGAAAAUGUUCACUGAUCCUGCUCUAAGUGGUCCUCAUUCUAGGACUCAGGCUGACCGAGCAGUUGUCAUGUAUGGUGUGGCUACUCAUUUUGGGAAAUGAAAAAGUCUGACACAUCACUUACAGGCCAGCCCUUAAAGCACUUUCACUGGCCAAAGGAAAUCACAUGGCCACACCAAAGUUCAAGGAGGAGUGUAAUCCUUCCUCGUGCCUUGGAAGAGAACCCGAAAUAUUUGGAAGACAAUACUACCGACUACACGUAUAGUUAUAUCUCCCUAUUUGUAAAACUUCUUUGAAAAUAUUUUUUCUUUUUAAUUGAGGCGAAAUUACAUUCAGUAAAAUGCAAAUAUUUAAUGUACACCUCAGUGGAUUUUUAUAUACACCCUUGAACCCAUCACCCAAAUCAAGAUACUGAACAUUUCUAGUACCCCAGUCAGUGCCCUAUGCCCCCCCCCACACACAAAUAACCGCUAUUCUGACCUUUAUCACCAUGGAUUACCUUUGUUUUAAAGCUUCAUGUAAAUGUAAUAAUUAUAUGUACUCUUUUGUUCAACAUUGUGUCUGUGAGCCAUCCAUGUUGUGUGUAGCAGCAAUUCGUUUUUUCUGUGUAGUAUACCAUUGUAUGACUUAUACCACAAUUUAUGAAUCCAUUCUACUGUUGAUGGAAAUUUUGGUUGUUUCCAGUUUGUGGUUAUUAUGAAUAAAGUUGCUAUGAACA